CAAAACAGUUCACACACUUGAUACUAUUUCACACAAAAAAAAACGAAUUAGUUUGUCACAAAUGCUAACCUUGACAAAUAAUAAGAACGUUCGCGGCGACGACCUAAAAUUGUGUAUGGUCCCUGUUUUUCAAGUGGGUUUUGCUAAAUAGCUUUCUCUUUCUCUGAACCAGGGGCAUUAAUUGAUGGAUCCAUCUAGGUACUAGGUAGUCUGAAGUUUUACAACUUCUACAGUCUUCCUAUCCAGUGAUCUCUGGUCUGUGGCCAGUCUUAUAUUUUUUAUUUAAUUUUACUUUUGUCUUGUUAUUUGUUAUCGAGCUUUGUAUUGGUUUUAUCCUAUAAGAACUCGUUGCGCUAUUUUUCACUGGAAUGUCUUUAAAUUCCUAGAUAAAUUGAAAAGUUACUAGCAACAAUGGAGGUGUUUAAUAAGUUCUAUUCAUCUGUUACGAGUACGGUUUCUCAAUUGUCUGGUGUACUCCCUGGAAAUCCAGUGACUCGAGAAUUUGAAGCUACUCAAUACAUUGCUAGUGCUGGGCCAGGUCUGUUGUGGAAGAUUUAUAAAGGCUAUAAAAAAUCAACUAAGCAGGAGGCUUCCAUUUUUGUAUUCGAAAAGAAACAAUUAGACCGAUGGUCAAAAGCAGACAGGGAUAUUAUGUUAGACAUAUUAAAACGGGGUAUUCUACAGCUAACUAAACUCCGCCAUCCUCAAGUACUUACAGUUCAACAUAGUUUAGAAGAAAGCAGAGAAAGCUUAGCAUUUGCUACAGAGCCGGUUUUUGCUAGCUUAGCAAACAUUCUUGGUAACAGAGAUAACAUGCCACAGCCGACACCUAGUCACCUUGUAAACUAUAAGCUGUAUGAAGUUGAGAUUAAGUAUGGUCUUAUGCAAAUAGCUGAAGGUUUAGCAUUUUUACAUAAUGAUGUAAAAUUGUUACAUCACAAUAUCAGCCCUGAAUCUAUUGUAGUUAAUCAACAAGGAGCUUGGAAAAUAUUUGGAUUUGAUUUUUGUAUUGCAAAUCAGAGUCCUACAGGACAAGCACCAUUUUGGCCUUUUAGUGAGUACUGCCAGGCUAUGCCAGCAUUGACACAAUCAUCUUUAGACUAUCUAGCUCCUGAAUAUAUUCUUUCCGCAACACAUUCUCCAGCCAGUGAUAUUUUUUCUUUGGGUAUGCUUGUCUAUACCAUUCAUAGCACAGGGCAUCAACCUCUUGGAAAUAUUAGUGGUGAUUAUUCUAAAUUUAGAAGAUUUGUAAAUGAAUUGAGAAACUUGCCCACAUCAAAGCUUCUAUGUGUAGCAGAAGGGUUAAGAGAAUAUGUAAAACUUAUGUUAAAUGUUACACCAGAAUUGAGGCCUGAUCCUCAUCAGUUGUUAAAGAUAUCUUAUUUUGAAGAUGUUGGUGUGAAAACUCUUAACUAUUUAGACUCUCUCUUUCAAUGGGAUAACCUUCAAAAGUCUCAAUUCUACAAAGGUUUACCGCAGAUUAUUCAAAAAAUGCCCCAUCGAUUAUGUAUUUAUAGAAUAUUGCCAUGUCUAGCAAAAGAGUUUGUCAAUCCACCAAUGGUACCUUUUAUACUUCCAAAUGUUUUAUUGAUCGCAGAAAAUUCAACAAAAGAGGAAUUUAUCAAAUACAUACUACCUGUUUUGAAACCUGUUAUGUUAAUACAAGAACCAAUACAGAUAUUACUCAUUUUUAUGCAAAAAAUGGAGCUAUUGCUGAAGCUUACUCCAGGUGAGGAAGUAAAAACAGAUAUUCUUCCAAUGUUAUAUCGAGCAUUAGAAUCUGAUGCACAACAAAUACAAGAAUUAUGUUUGUCAGUGUUACCAACAUUUGCAUCUUUAAUAGAUUAUCCAGCAAUGAAAAAUGCUUUGUUACCAAGAAUAAAAAAGUUAUGUCUACAAACAAAUUAUUUAUCUGUUAGAGUAAACUGUUUGUUAUGUUUGGGAAAACUAUUGGAACAUUUAGAUAAAUGGCUGGUCCUUGAUGAAAUUAUACCUUUCUUGCCUCAAAUACCUUCACGGGAACCAGCUGUGCUAAUGGGAAUUCUUGGUAUAUACAAAUUAACUCUAAGUCACAAAAAAUUGGGUAUCACUAAGGAAGUGAUGGCCACAAAGGUGUUGCCUUUUUUAAUACCACUUUGUGUUGAAAAUGGUUUAACAUUAAAUCAAUUUAAUGCACUCAUGUCCUUAGUAAAGCAAAUGAUAUCGAAAGUGGAGGCUGAGCAUAGGACUAAGCUGGAACAACUUAAUUCCAUACAGAAUGAAUCUAAAGUAAUGGAGCAUGCGCUGACUACACCAGACAACUUAGUACCAACACCACAAACAGACAUUGACAAGAUGUUUUCGGGUCUUGGAAUUGAUCCAUUCGCAUUGAGUUCUAAACCACAGGAGAAGGAUGCAUUGCCACCUCUUAAAGAUGCAAUGUCUCUUAGUAUAGAAGACAAGCAAAGGUUAGCACAGCAACAAGAAACUCAACGGAAGAUGUCACGGAAAACACCAACAAUGCCCAUGGCCAAAGUUGUACCUCCCCCACAACUUCCUAAAGCUGUAGAUUUAACCAGUUCGUUACUACAAUCUAAUCUUACACAAUUGUCAAAACCACAAUCUAGCUUAAACCCUAAUUUAACUCACAAUAACAAUUCAAUGAACUAUCAAAUGAGCACUAAUAAUUUUAUGAGUUCCUCUCCAAUAGGAAAAGUCGGCAAUACAAUUGGGAAUCCAGUUAGGAGUCCGGUUGGCGAUACAAUUACUAGUCCAAUCGGUAAUACACUAAAUAGCUCAAUUGGUCAUACAAUGAAUAGCCCAAUUGGUAAUACAAUGAAUAGCCCUAUUGGUAAUGCAAUGAAUAGCCCAAUUGGUAAUACAAUGAAUAGCCCUAUUGGUAAUACAAUCAAUAGUCCAGUUAGUAAUACAAUUGGUGCAAUGGGAAAUUUAAAUUCACCAAUGAGUAGUAUGACUUAUGGUUUUCAAAAUCACUUAGCUCUAACAUCCUCUCCACCCCCAAAUGGUAAUUUUAAUAAUAAAUGGACUAAUCAAACAAAUAUUAAACAAGAUUGGUCCGCCUUUGAAUCUCUUUUACCGAAUUCUAAUGAAAAUAAAAAUAGUAAUGAGAAAAAAUUCAGUAAUAAUGAAAUGAUGGAUUUAUUGGGUUAAAACAGAUUACAAUUCAUUUAGUAUAUAUUAGUAUUAUAACUGGUAAAUGUUUACUUCACGUCUUACUUGGUUAAUUUUUAAAUGGUUUCUCCUUAUUUUAGCACCUCUAAUGAUUGAUAUGUACUAUUAAAUAAAAUUUUGACAUUCCUCGUACACUCUAAAAAAAAAGUAGUGAGAUUAUAGUAAUGUUUUGUUUAUUGUGGUAUUAUUAGUAGAUAAUUAUUUUAGACGAAUUUGUUAUGGCUCUGGUCAAAACGUCUAGCGGCGACAGGAAUAGAAUAAAUGAAAUUAUGGCAACAUUCCUAAGACAUUGAAUUCCUGGACGCAGCCCGCGUUCGUGAUUGUACAUGUCAAGUCUUAAAUGUCUGGAUUAAGUUUUUCUUAUUUAUGUGAGGGAUAAGAACAAGCUAUUUUUGAGGUUCUUAGACUAUUUACUGCUAGACGACCAGAUAUCAUUUUAUGACAGGUAAACGUAUUAAAAAUACGUAAUUGUAUAAAAAAUAUUUAUUUUGAUUAAAAAAUUAUUUUAAUAAUUUAGCCGCCUAAAUAUUAAUAUUACAUUCUGUAAUGGCGUUGCUUUGUAUAACAACUAUAACUUAUUGAAACAAUCAUUACGUACGAUAUCGCAUAUUAUGUUUUACCUAAAUUUUGUUUUGUAAGUCAUCCUUAGGAGUAAGUAUUUAAUGUUAUAUAUAUCCAUGCUAAUUGUUUAUAUAAAUAUAUUAUGAUCUCUUAA